AUGAACGGAAGUACCCAGGAGGUACAAACUGCAGCCGUAAACUCCCGUUCGCUUAGAAAGCCACCUCUAACCUCUAGUGUGGGGACUUCACGCAUUAUCCCUAGCUUUCCGUUUGGUUUGGGUUCAGCAACGCAACAGCCCAUCUCCCUUCGUCGAGAGACUCCAAGCCCUGUUGCUUCGUAUAGUUGGACGCUGCGGAGGCGCCCACAUAGCAAGCGCCCUUCGGGUACACCUCCAUCCUGGGGCACAGUAAAAAGCAAUUCAGCAGGAAACCCUUCUGCGGCGAGUUGGACGCCAUCUCAAAGCUUCUCUCGCACUCUGGCCGGAGGAGACCUCUCGGCGGCCUCAAGGCUGCUAAGUAAGCUUUCACAGGAGCCUCCGAGGGGGGGCCCAAGCAUCGAACUCCUACCAAGCACCUUGCGCGGCAGCAUUUCCGCUACCCCCUCAGCAGCAGAAGCAGCACGGCGUUACGUAGCUGCGGCAGUAGCUUCGGAUGGCAGCGUUGCAGCAGCAGCAACAAAAGCCGGGGAGAUCGUGGUCUUUUUCCUCCCUGAGAAACGGGCUUGCUGUCCCUUAUUGCCGGCCACAUGGGCCCAACACGGGGUCUUUGGGGCUCCUCGUAGAUCUUCGAGACACAGGCAGGCAUGCAGUGGUACAAGGGCCCUUCGGGAGGCCAGUCGCUGCAGUUCAGCUGACUACAGCAGCUUUGAGGGGACCUUAUCGAGAAGGACUCCUGAGAGCUUCCUUACGAAUGGCCAUGUACGUGUUCAGCGGCCCCAAACACCUUUUCAAACGGAUUUACAUGUCUCAAAGGUCGGGGCCCUCAACAGAACAGAUAAGCCUCGGAGGCUAAAACGCUUGCUGCUGUUGCAGGCAGGCGGAGUCCUGACUGUUUGGAGAGAGCAGCAGCCACAGAAACAGGAUAUAGACCGGUCUGCCAGGGCUUCUGGGGGGGCCUCUGCUCAAAAACAAACGCAGCGGCACCAACACCGGCCAUACAAGAGGGAGUGCUGUUUAGAUGCAGCCGCUGCCUCAGUGCUUCACAGUGGAACUGCUGCUGCCCCGUCUUGCUACAGCUUUUCGCAGUACGGCUUCCACAUAUAA